AAAACAACGCGAGCCUCAAUUCCCAGCACCAAUCGCCACAUCACCCGCAGUCUCAGCAAUCACAGCAAAAUUCUCAGCAAUACGGUGAAGUAAACCAACUCGGUGGUGUUUUUGUCAACGGCCGACCGCUCCCCAAUGCCGUCAGACUCCGAAUAGUCGAACUGGCCCAAUUAGGCAUCAGACCUUGUGACAUAUCCCGUCAACUUCGAGUUAGCCACGGCUGCGUUUCAAAGAUUCUCGCCCGUUACCACGAGACCGGAAGUAUCCUCCCUGGCGCCAUAGGCGGGAGCAAACCCCGAGUGACGACCCCAAAGGUCGUCCAAUACAUAAAACAAUUGAAAUUGAAGGAUCCUGGUAUUUUUGCUUGGGAGAUAAGAGACAGAUUGCUGUCUGAUGGAGUCUGUGAUAAAUACAACGUUCCCUCAGUAUCGAGUAUUUCGAGGAUCCUGAGGAAUAAAGUUGGAGCGGCGGCUGCUGCUGCUGCAGCCGCUGCUGCCAUUCAUCAUCAUCCCCAUCACCACCAUCACCAUCACCACCUCUAUGCAGCAGCGGCAGCAGCAGGAGCUGCUUUGUGUCCUGUCCCAUAUCCAUCUGCACCUUAUCAUCCACCACCACCAGCAGUGACGCAUCACCAUCAUCAUCAAGUUGGACUGACCCCAUCGAUGGGCAACAAAAUGUCACCAUCACCACCUACACCGACGUCAGUUGGUCAUCAGAAUGGAUUGACACCUGUUGGACUAUCCUGGCCAAGUUCCCACUCGGUACAUGAUAUUCUAGCAACCGGAAUUCCAACUCUACCUACCAAUUCAUCGUCCUCGUCGCUCUGCCAAGCUACUCAUCAUCGGGGUAUCAGCAGCGACAAUCAAGGAAAUAGUAACAGUAGUCAUAACAAUAAUAAUGAUGAGGAGAUGACCAAUGGAUAUCAUCAUCAUCCACAUCAUCAUCACUCGCAGUAUUAUGCAUCAUCUUUGUAUCAUCAUCAUCAUCCUAAUGGAGGAGUAGUUGGAUGCAAUGGGUCAUCCGGCCUGACCCUCCAACCGGUCAUCAUUCAAAAUGGCCGUAGUCAACCUGGCAGCCCUUGUCAUUGAUCCUAUUUCAAUGGAGUGUUUUCAUUUUUUACUGGGGACUUUCAAGUUUUUUCUUUCUAUAUCUUCGUCUUUAGCACAGAAUCGAAUAUCCAACAAGAAUCUUCGAAAUUAGGGGACGAAAAAAUUGCACUGAACAAAAUUUAACGAUUCUACCAUUUUAUAUUUGUUUUAUGUUUUUUUUCUAAAUUUGUUUUUAUACAGCGCAAAAUUAUAUGCAGGUCCCAAAUUCUAUCAUUAUGCAAUAGUUAUCGCAAAAUCUUAUCACCGUGCUAUAAUUUUUCUGAUUUUCACCUUUCUAAUUCAGUAACUUCGGAAAAAAGUAGAAGAAUAAUGGCAGGAUUAUACAAGUCAGUUAUUAAAUUAGCAUUAAAUUCAAAAACAGUAUAUUUUUUGCAAAAAAUCUUGGAAAAAACAUUACGUGUGAGAGAAAGACAGCAAUACAUAAAAAAAUAGUUUUUAAUAAUCUUUUUUGAAGUCUUUCCUUCUUGAGAUAUAUAUAUAUUCAAAAUCAACAGAUUGUCUCCAACUUGAGUUUUUUAAAAAAUCGACAUGACAUUUUUUAGAAAAAAAAACUUCAGGACGGGUUUGACGACCAUAAAGACAAACAGAGUUUAAUGACUCAAGCCUGACACGUGGACUCAUUAUGUGGAAAAUUAAAUUUCAUAUUCUGGUGAUAAUACGGUGCUACAAGGCGGAAAAUUGAGAGACUAUUAAUAACUGAGUUCAAAGAUGUGUUUUUCAUAAUGGAUUUUGAGAAUCACGGCACCCGCUUUUGUACUUUCGUCGAGUUGUUGCAGCUAGAUAUUCAUUUGUGGGGUGUGUUUGCAGGUUCAAAUACCGGACACUUGCAGCAGUACUGGUUUCGCUAAUCUAGAGAGUAUUUUUUAUAAUUACAAGUUAAGAAAUUGAUGUUGCGGAUCUCAAUCGAUUUAUGUUUCAUAGAGUUGAAAGUUUGUAAAUCGA